GACUUGUACAUUGACAUUUUCAUUUUCAUUUCUCAAUUUUGUCUGUGAUUUUUGUGGACGUGAAUUGUUUGUACUUUGUAAUCGUAAUUUAUAAUUCGUGUUGUGUUACUUUAAAGAAAAUAAUAAUGAUAAAGUUAUGUUCGUAACAAAUAACGGUAAUUUGUUAUAACUUGACCGUGUUAGCGCUUGAGAAGCUGCCCACAUAUUUUUUGCUGUUAUAAUCAACAGUCAAAAUGGAUGCUCAGGAUCAGAUGGAGAUGAAGUAUAACACGGGCAAUGAGGUUGGAGGCCUGGAACUUUGUAUAGUCUGUGGUGACAGAGCGUCUGGAAGACAUUAUGGUGCUAUUAGCUGUGAAGGCUGCAAAGGUUUCUUCAAGCGGUCGAUUCGCAAGAAGCUCGGCUACCAGUGCCGCGGCAGCAUGAACUGCGAGGUCACGAAGCACCACAGGAACAGGUGCCAGUACUGCCGGCUGCAGAAGUGCUUGGCGUGCGGCAUGAGGAGCGACUCGGUCCAACACGAGCGCAAGCCGAUCGUGGAGAAGGCGAAGGGCGAGCGGGAGGCGCACGAGCGGCAGGCGGCCUACUCCAAGCUGCUGGGGCUGGCCAGCCACGGCCAGGGGCAGAUAACACCUAAAGAAGAAGCAAGCGAAGCGUUUGGGGCGGUGUCGCCAGCACCAGCUCUGAAUUUUGCCCUCGCAGCUGCCGUUGCAUUUAACAAGGGUAAUCCUGCUGUAUCGCCGUACCUCGGCGCCGGCGCAGGCGACGUGGAAGGCGCGAGACGCCAGCAACUGAUGCUGCAAACGCAGCUGGCCAAGAACCUGUUCAAGAUGGGACAGUUUGGCGCGAUCAACGAAUAUUUGCAAUCGGCGUACGGCGCGACGCCGCCGGACGUGCCCGUGGCGUCCUUACACGCCGCCGACACGCAGCAGAGUGAAGCGGAGGAGAUGGACAUCCUCGGGAGCGCGGAGUGCGUGGAGCUGCCGCUGUCGCUGCCGCGCGGGCCGGCGCCGGCGCCGCUGCGCCUGCACGCCGCCUGCGAGGGCGCCGCGCGCCUGCUCGCCGCCAUCGCGCGCUGGGCGCUCGCGCUGCCCGCCCUGUUCGAGGUGCGCGUGAGCCUGGUGCGCGCGUCGUGGGCGGAGCUGUUCACGCUGGGGCUGUGCCAGCACUGGGCGGCGCUGGGGCUGGACGCGCUGAUGCCGCUGAUGGGCGCGCAGCUGCGGGCCGAGCUGGCGGCGCGCCGCGACCCGCCCGCCAGCCCCGCGCCCGACCCCCACGCGCCCGAGAUAAGCGCGUGCGACUACUCGCUGGAGCGCAUAGCGGAGGUGGGCAGCGCGCUGGCGCGGCUGCAGCAGCUCGCGGCGCACCUCGCGCACCUGCGCCUGUCCGACCGCGAGCACGCGCACCUGCGCGCGCUCUGCCUCUUCUCGCCCGACAACGCGCCCGCGCCGCUGUCCCGCAAGCUGCAGGGGCUGCAGGCGGGCACGCUUCGCUCGCUCCGCGGCGCGUGCCUCACGGCGGGCGACGAGUCCCGCGCGCUGACGCUGGUGCUGCAGCUGGCGGCGCUGCGCUCGUUCACGCCCUCCUUCAUAGAGGACGUGUUCUUCGUGGGCUUCGUCGGUGACGUCAGCGUCGACGACAUUAUACCGUACCUCAUGAACGCGGAGCGGUGAAGUGAAGACUAUUUGGGGGGGGGGAGUGUUGUGACUAAUGACUGUUGGGGAGGGGAGGGGAGUGGCUGGAAAGGGUUCGUUAUGAGGGGGCAAGGCUGCUAGGACUGGGGUUGUAUAUGCUUAAUAAUAAGGCUAGGAGCCCCUCCCCACCACUUUCUAUUCCGUUCACACUGAAGCCUUCAAGUGGAAUUUACGAGCAAGUAGUUUCAACUUAAUUAGCGAGUAUAACAAUUGUAUGAGUUAUGGAAUCCCAUUUGGAACCAUAUACAUACAAUAUUUGAAUUGAAGUCUAAAAUUAAAACACUGGUUAGAGGGAACCUCUUGCAGUCCUAUGUUAUAAUUAAAGGCCUUAUUGUGACGUCAUAAAAGAUAUAUAAAAUAAGUCAAAUUAACUUAAAAUAUUAAAAUUAAAGAAGUUUUUAUAGAAUAUUAAUAGAAUAACGGCUAAUCUAUGUCUUCCCUGCCUGCUUACAUUUUAUAGACGUUUAUAAAUUUAUCUAUAGCUAUUUAAAUCGAAAAUAUUAAAAACGACUAUGGUAUCUUUUAUAACAAUUUGUUUCAUCAUAUAAAAGGCAAUGUAUUCAAAUUUUGUCGAGCGUUGUUACUAAAUUAAAAUAAGUUGUAAAAUAAUGAUGCUGUUAUGUAAGUAUGAAUAAGGUAAUAUAAUAAAAAAUAAAUAUUUUGAAACGAUUAUUUUUAGAAAUUAAAAGGAAAAUAUCUCGAAAUAUUUUUUGGAUUUCAUUACAAUACAAAAUAAUUCCUUUUCUAAUAAAGGUACAACAUUAGAGACAUUUUACAAUAAAAUUGUUGCAAGGUUCGUGCUGUUUUGAUAUGCAAUUAAAGUCAUAACUGGUUCUGUAUAAUAUGAUUUAAAUAAGACUUAUAUUAAGUAAUGUUAUGGAGGCGGUAGUUUCUAUGAUAUAAGUAUAAAGGCAGCUAUUAGUUAACUGUGCCGUCCACAAUGUGCUAAAACAUGGUUGUAACUGUAUUUUGACUUUAUUGUCUGGAGUUAAUAAAUAAAUAGAAAUAACAUAAA